AUGGCCGAACCACCUUCAUUAACAGAUAUUAGAUCACCAAUAAAUCUAGACAACUUGAAGACUUAUUUAUCAAAAGUUAAUAAAUCAUCUUCAAAAUCUUAUAUUGGUUUCAAUGCAACUAUUCCAAGAUCAUUCACCAAAGUAAAACAAUUUACAUUUGGACAAUCCAAUCCAACUUAUUAUUUAGAGGAUUCUCAAGGUUCAAGAUUUGUAUUGAGAAGAAAACCAAGUGAAAAUGCAAAAUUAAUUUCUAAAACUGCUCAUGCUAUUGAAAAAGAAUUUUUUAUUAUAAAUGGUAUAAAUCAAUUAAAUAAUGAUAUAGGGGAGGAAGAUUUUAAAGUACCUGUUCCAAAUGUUCAUUUAUUAUGUGAAGAUGAAUCUGUGAUUGGUUAUGUGUUUUAUUUAAUGGAUUAUGUGGAAGGUUUACAAGUUAAAAAUCCAUCAAUGCCUGGUUUUUCAAACAGCGAAAAAGACAUUUACUACAAAUCAAUAAUAAAUACAAUAGUGGCAAUUCACAAAUUAGAUGUUGAAAAAUUAUUAGAAAUUUUACCAGCUGAACAUUUCCCACAAUUUCAGAAUAUACAGAAAUUAAAAUCUACAAGUUAUUUUAAAAGACAAAUUAAAACAUUAACAAAUAUUCAUAAUUUACAAUCGAAACAUGUUGAUCCAAUCCCAAAUUUUGAUAAAUUAAUCAAUUGGUUCAUAGAAAAUGCACCACAAGAUCCAGCGAAAUUAACUUUGAUACAUGGUGAUUUCAAAAUUGAUAAUGUUUUAUUUGAUCCCAAAACUAAAAAAGUUUGUGGUGUUUUAGAUUGGGAACUUUGUACUAUAGGAAAUCCACUUUUUGACUUAUCUAAUUUUUUCCAACCAUUUCAAUUGCCUAAACAGAUGAAUAAAAUAAUAUAUCAAGAUCCCAAAAAUGAAAUGGGCAUAGAAAAUAUUAAAUCACAAGAAUUCUUGUUAUCACAAUUACAAAACUACAACAAAUUAAUAAAAUGGAACCCGCAUGAUCUUUCAAAUAAUCCAAUAAAAUUAUGGAAAGUUGGUCAUACUUUUGGUCUUGUGAGAUUAAGUAUUAUUACUCAAGGUAUAGCAAUGAGAGUUAAAUUAGGUAAUGCAUCAAGUUCGAGUGCAAAAAAUUAUGCUCAAAUGUAUCCAUUUUUAAGUGAAUUAGCUGUUGAUUAUGCUUUUAAUGAUCAUGAUAUUGAAAAUAAAUCAAAAAUUUGA